GAUUAGUACAACCAAAUGAAGGUAAUAUUCUAUCCUUUGGACAGUUCUAUUUCUUAGAUACAGCUGAUACCCAAAAAUAUAGAAAUAAUAAUUUGGCAAAUGCAAAGCUUGAUUCUGCAUUACUUUUGUUACUAGAUUCAGUAUUAUGGCAAGUAAGCCUAUUUUCACAAGCAUUCGAAAUGAUGAGGGAGAUGGAACAAAAUGAUUAUAAUGCAGCAAUAUAA